AUGCAUGGGCAGCGGCGCUGCAUACCAGGGCACCGGGCACCGGGGCCGCUGGGCUGGCGCUGGGUGCGCGGAGCACGCACACUGUCCCAGCACCGGCGGGACACGGGGCUUCAUCUUCGCGGGCACGGAGUGACGGUGGCCAGGCGUUGCCGAGGGUGGCCGGGGGUCCGCCCGGUGCCCGGCAGCCGGUGGGCUAACUGGGCAGUGCUGGUGUGGCGGGCAGGGGCUGCAUUCCAGUACCUGCUGGUGCAGAAGACGGGGGCACAGAAGAACGUGGGGCUGAUCCAGCUGAACCGGCCGCAGGCGCUCAAUGCGCUCUGCGAGGGGCUCAUGGCGGAGCUGCGGCGGGCGCUGGAGGCCAUGGAGAGCGACCCGGAGGUGGGAGCCAUCGUCCUCACCGGCAGCCAGAAAGCCUUUGCAGCCGGCGCAGACAUCAAGGAGAUGCAGAAUAAAAGCUUCCAGGAGUGCUACAGCGGCGGCUUCCUGGCCGGCUGGGACAAGGUCUCCGUUGUCCGCAAACCCAUCAUCGCCGCCGUCAAUGGCUACGCCCUGGGAGGCGGCUGCGAGCUGGCCAUGAUGUGCGACAUCAUCUACGCCGGGGAGAAGGCGCAGUUUGGGCAACCCGAAAUCCUGCUGGGAACCAUCCCAGGCGCCGGCGGGACGCAGAGGCUGACCAGGGCAGUGGGGAAGUCGCUGGCAAUGGAGAUGGUGCUCACCGGGGAGCGGAUCUCGGCAAAGGAGGCAAAGGAGGCAGGUCUGGUCAGCAAGGUGUACCCUGUGGAGAAGCUGCUGGAUGCAGCCAUUGCCUGCGCUGAGAAGAUCGCCAGCAACUCCAAGCUGGUGGCUGCCAUGGCAAAGGAGUCAGUCAAUGCUGCCUUCGAAACGACGCUGACAGAGGGGAACAGGACAGAGAAGCGCCUGUUUUACGCCACCUUUGCCACCAGUGACCGCAAGGAGGGGAUGACGGCAUUCGUGGAGAAGCGCAAGGCCAACUUCACCGACAGCUGA